UCCUCCCUACUCUACUCAUGAGAAGGAUCGAAAGAUCCAUGAUGCAGAAAAUACACGGUUUGAAAGAUUUGAAGCAAAUCCACGCCACCAUCGUCAAAACUUCAAUUCCCCAUGAUUGCUCAUUUCAACUUAGCAAACUUAUUGAGCUCUCUGCUCUUUCUUGCAACCGUGGUUGCUUCUUAUACGCCCAUAAGCUACUUUCGCAAAUUCAAAACCCGAAUUUGUUUCUAUACAACACCAUGAUACGAGGAUCACUGAUCAACAAACAAUCCAAUGAAGCUACCCUCUUGUACAUGCAAAUGCGAAAACAAAAUAUACUUCCCAACAACUUUACAUUUCCAUUUGUUCUCCGCGCAUUUGGGGAGCAGUUUGAGCUUAAAAGAGGAGAAGAAGUUCAUGGUUGCAUUUUGAAAACUGGGUUCGGUUCAAAUCUGUUUGUUUUAACUACCCUUUUGAAUAUGUACUCAUUAUGUGGAAGAAAUUCAAGAGCUUUCACACAGGUAUUUGAUGAAAUGCCUGUGAAGGAUGUUGUUUCUUGGAAUAGCAUGAUUUCUGGACAUCUAAGGCAUGGGGAGCUUGAUUUGGCGAGAAAAUUAUUUGAGAGGAUGCCUGAGAGAGAUGUGGUUUCUUGGACGCUCGUGAUUGAUGGAUAUGUCAAAAAUGGUCACCAUGAUCGUUCUUUAAGCCUCUUUCACCAAAUGCAGCUAGUUGGAGUUGAACCCAGUGUCAUAACUCUAAUAAGCGUUCUCACUGCUUGCGCCAAUUUGGGUGCACUUGAGUUGGGGAGAUGGAUUCACUGCUAUAUAGAAAAGAGAAAACUCAAAAUAGAUAAUAAACUUGGUACUGCACUAAUAGACAUGUAUGCGAAAUGCGGUGACAUUGGAAAGGGUUUGGAGGUUUUCUCCUCGCUGGAAUGCGGGAAAGAUGUGAUCACUUGGACUUCGGUUAUUGUAGGAUUAGCCAUGAAUGGAAAGUGCAGAGAAGCUCUAGAUUUUUUCACCUGCAUGGUGAUGGAGGGUAUCAAACCAGAUGAGAUCACUUUUCUAGGCGUCCUAUGUGCUUGUUCUCAUCAAGGUUUUGUCAAUGAGGGACGCCAAUAUUUUGAUUCUAUGAUGAAAGAUUACCAUCUCAUGCCUAGAAUUGAGAACUAUAGUUGCAUGAUUGAUCUGUUUGGAAGGGCUGGUUUGCUAGAAGAGGCUAAAGAUUUAGUUGAAAAUAUGCCUUUCCAGGCAGAUUCAGUUAUUUUGGGCUCUCUUUUUGCUGCCUGUCAAACUCAUAAAAAUGUGGAAUUGGGGGAACAGGUGAUGAAACUUCUUGUAGAGAUUGAACCCGAGAACAAAGGAAAUUAUGUGAUCUUAUCAAACAUAUAUGCCGUGGCAGGUAGAUGGGAAAAUGUUGCUCAAGUGAGAAAAAAGUUAAAAGAGAAAGGUACGAGAAGAGUACCUGGGUGCAGCUCCAUUGAAGUUGAUUACCAAGUUCAUGAGUUCCUUUCAGGUGAUAGGUCACACUCGAGAUCCAUGGAAAUCUUUGAGAUGCUUGAUCUGUUGAGGGGCUAUGAUAAAUGAAAAACCGGGAAGCUGCAGUUCGGGUCAAAUCAAGAUAAUCAGUCACCAGAUGGAACAGUGUUUUCCUCCUACUGUCCGUGCUCACUUUGUGAGACUCUAAUCCUCCUCUUCCAAUCUUUCAAUUCAAACAAUUUGGUAGUCAGAACGUCAUUCCCCUAAUUAAGCAAACCUAAAAUGAUGAGGAAACUAGUUCACCAAGGUUUAGCAAGGAACUACAAAACCGGUAUCCAUCCAUUAUUUGACGUUUGCAACCUGCCAAUUAGUGGGGCAGAAUAGAGCUAGUUGCUCAAGAUAUACGUUUGGCAGUAUCCUGCACAUCACAACUGCUCGUGAAGAAGGCAGAGAAUGGAUGCUGGAGAGCUAAGAAAGCAUGACUAAACAGAUUCAAAUCGCUUCAAAUAUUUUUGGACUUCGCAGAGCACAAUAUGCAGGCUUUUGGUAUCAGAUGCUCAAAUUGUUGUCUGAAAAACUGGCAUCACGGAAAAGUCAUGCUCUCUAGGCGAUCAGUAGUUAGCAAAUGUGAAGAUAUUUUUGAGUCAGUGUCAGGUUUUGAUACCAAAUCAACUGGCUAGAUGCUGAUGUUCAUUAGUUGUGCAAAGGACUCGCAGAUCUUUGUUCAGAUCAUGCAGCUCACCAGGAAAGU